UGCAAGGAAGAUCCCACAUAUGGAGUAUAAAUAAGGCGGGGUUGAGGCACGCUCUUUGCCAGAGAUGAGGGGUUAAAAACCCAGUUACCCUGUAGCACCUCUGGCUAUUCAUUCAUUCAUUCUAAAAAUACACAAAAUUGCUGUACAAUUAUUAAUUUUGCCAUAAAAAUGCAAAGCAAACACCUUUUACAGGCAGUUCUGUACCUUUUCAUGCUGUUUCAUGCUUGUUUCAGUGCUGAUAAGUUCUGCAUUUGGACUAGAUCCGCUUCAGAUGGGCAAACACGGUAUGCAUUUCUCCGAAGGACUCAGACGUCUCUUCUCUUGUAUGACAGCAUCUGGAACAAAAACAACAGCCUUUUUAGCUGCUUAACAAGUGAUGAGCAAUCUGUGAUUGAGAGUUACCUGUCCAGGUGCUGGGAAGACAGUUCUUUCUCAAAGACCCUUGAUGAACGCUUUGACAUCAGGGAGCUGAUUGAACCUCACGGCCCCUGUGAGGCUGCAGGCAUUACGGAGGAAUUUACAGCAUCUGUACGGAGGGCCAGGGACCUGAGGAGCGUUGAGUCUGAUGGAUUUGAGCGCCAGGACAGUGGAGAAAGUUCCAGACAGACGCUGCACCGCUCAAAGCGAGCAUGGAUGAUUCCAGGGACUCUGUGGUGUGGCUCAGGAAAUAAGGCUAUGGCCUUUGUUGACCUGGGUGUCUUUGAAGAUACGGAUAAAUGCUGCAGAGAACACGACCACUGUAAAGACACCAUCGCCUCUUUUUCAUACGACCACGGUGUCUUCAACACGAACAUCUUCACUUUAUCACACUGUGACUGUGACAACAGGUUCCGCCGCUGUCUCCUGGGUGUUAAUAAUACUAUGUCCAACCUUGUGGGCUACGGAUACUUCAACGUGCUAAAGAUGCGCUGCUUUGAGUUCUCUCAGCAGAUGCAGUGCGCCAAGAGAACGUGGUGGGGCAUGUGUGCAAUUUAUGAACUUGCUCAAUACGCUGUGGUGAAAGAUGGAGCAAACUACACCGACACACUCCCUGAACAAGACAUGGAGAUGCUGGAAACGAGUUUUCACCAAGCGAUCACUCUGGGACAAAACCAGGUCACCAAAAACACAGAAGAAUCACUUACUAUACAAGAUUCCAGGAGCAACAGUGAAGAACCGAGUCCAGUUUCGACAUCCCCAGAGCCAUCUGUUACAACACUGCAGUCCCGCAAAUCUGAAGCUUCCGUUCUUCCAACAGACGCACCAAAGAUAACAGACAGACCACAAAAAGGCAAGUUUGAGAUGUGUGAGCUCUACAGAGACCUGGAUUCAUGCCAUCUACAGAUCCCUGCUUUACAGGAGAAAUUCGGUCUACAAAACCCUGGCAUGAGAACCCUUUACCACUGUAACUGUACUGCCAGGCUCGUCCAAAAGAUCUUGUCCAAGGAACUGGAUGAAACUGACCCUGUGCAUUCGCUUUUGAUGGAUCUCGUUUCACAAUCCUGCUUCACCCUGCCACAGUCUGAGAACUGUCUCAAUGGACAAAGUUGCUCAACUCAUCCACCAGAAGCACAGCUCAUCCAAAACUGGAGGAAAGACAUGACAGGAGGGCGACAUCUAGUGGACUUCAAGCGCAAACUCAAGAGGAUGAACCCUAAACGCUCCAAGAGGAAAGACUCUCCAGUCAGAUUAUAUAAGAAAUGCAUCAGGAUGCACACUAAACUGCAGAGACCUCGAGUUGCUGAACGGAAACGCUCAUAAAGUCCGUUUCAACUCAACAAAGCAGCAAAAAACUUGCAAUGGGAAAACAAUAGCAAUACAAAUGCUCUUAUGAAACAGCUUAUGUAGCCUACAUUAAGAGUCAAUGGGGGAAAACUCACAAGUCAUAACCUGACACAAAUCUACAUUUUGGUAUAAGAAAUCUGUGGUGAAACAUUAUUGUGAACAUAUUUUUAUUGCGAAAAGGUUAAAUUUAGCCUAAUGUAAUAGGUCAGAGUGUUACAGUUACCUCAUUAUGGGGUAAUAUGGUACAAAUAGUUUUAGCUGCAAGAAAUAAUGUGCAUUUAAAGCCAACUUCUAAGUGCCAUAUAUAUUGUAAUUAUUUGAAAUUGAUAUCCAGCCACAUAUUUCAAUGAAAUAAUGCAUCGUAAACAUUCAAAAGUCAUUUACUUUCAUAACUAUUUUUACAAUUGCCCCCACCCUCACAGCCACGAUAAGACUCGUGAGCUAGCGAUAGACUCUUUCAUUCAUGUUAAACUUUACCCCACAAUCUAGAGAUAAACUACUAGAUAUCUACUACUAGUUAAAUGACCCAAAAUCAUUUUCAUACCUCAAAAUCUGUGUUCCGUUAUAUUUUUGUUUUUCUCCUGAGUCGCAAUUCCCGCUUCUUCUCCUCAGGUAAAACGGGAUGCAAUUGCGCAUGCGCUGAAAAUAUCAGUAACGUUACUCCUAAGAACUGACUUUGUUACGAUAUGUUUUGGUCUCUACUACCUAAUAUUGCUACCUAAUAUCUGAAUUGAUGUAACAAGCGAGUGUUGUAAAUGUAUGUAAAAUUGUAAAUAACAUGUAAAUAAAUUUUAAUAACUUUAUGCGAGUCUGACUUUGAUCAUGUUCAGGUCCAGAUGCCAGUAUACACUUAUAAAGUUCUACUAGCUCAUUGUUUUUAUUUGUUUGGUUGUAAAUGGUGAAUUAAAUGGUAAAUUAUUAUAUAUAUUGGUACAUUUAUAUGUUAAUCAGUCAGAACCACGGU